ACACAUGCACACACCAUAUUACUCAAUCUAUAUGGUGUACCUCAUUCUAUAUUCGCGUGUUGAUAAAACAUUAUCAACAAAAUUGAAGAGAUAAAUAAUUUAACGAAGUUUACACGCAAGAGAGCAUUUCAAUCUUGAAAAAAUAAGAUGACACAAACACAAGUAGUUUAGUGAGAAAAUUUGAUUAAAACAGACGGUAGUUUUGUCGGUCAUUCUUGUGUCUGUAAAGAAAGUCGCCGAUUUUUUGUUUUGAAACAAUGCCCAAUUCCGGUAUUUUUCGUGUCGCAGUUGUUCAGUGCUCUUCCGUUAUACUUGAUGUCGAUAAAACAGUAGAGAAACUAGAAAAAUAUGCGAAAGAAGCAGCGGAUAACGGUGCAAAGUUAGUUCUCUUCCCCGAGGCUUUCAUCUCUUGCUAUCCAAGAGGAACUAAUUUCGGGGUAAUUGUCGGGUCCAGAUCGAUGGAAGGUCGAGAAAAGUUCCGUAAAUACUGGGAAUCAUCCGUAGACAUUCCUGGUCCCGUCGUGGAUAAAUUGAGUAAAAUUGCCGAAGAGAAUAAAAUCCAUUUGGUUACUGGUGUCAUUGAACGGGAUGAAGGGACACUGUACUGUUCGGUCAUAUUCUUUGACGACACUGGAAAAUACCUAGGAAAGCAUCGAAAAUUGAUCCCAACUGCAGCUGAACGGCUAGUCUGGGGUCGAGGGGAUGGAAGCACAAUGCCUGUGUUCGACACAGCCGUAGGAAAGAUCGGUGCAGUUAUAUGUUGGGAAAAUUACAUGCCACUACUUCGUGUAACGAUGUACUCAAAGGGUGUCCAAAUUUAUUGUGCUCCAACAGCCGAUGCUAGAGAAGAGUGGACUUCAACCAUGCGCCACAUAGCAUUAGAAGGAAGAUGCUUCGUCCUGGGCUGUAAUCAGUACAACCGUAAAUCGGAUUAUCCACCGGGUUUCAUUGACGAUGAGUAUGAUGGCCUGCUUGGAAAUGAGAAGGGCACCGACUAUAUAAUGUCUCGCGGAGGAAGUGUUAUCGUCAGUCCAAUGGGAAAAUUCCUAGCUGGUCCGGUGUUCGAUAAGGAGGAAGUUCUUUAUGCUGAUCUGGAUUUGGAUGAUAUUCAGCGCGGUAAACUCGAUUUUGAUGCUGUCGGUCAUUAUGCAAGGCCCGAUGUAUUCACGUUACAUGUUAAUGAAAAGGAGAAUCAUACAACGGUAACUGAAUCGCAGACACAAUGAAAUGAUGGUCGAGUGUUAUGCAAUGAUUAAUAAAGCAAAGCCGAGACUAAAA